AUGGCGACCACGGCGGGGACCGAGGGCCAGGGCGGCGCCGACUCCGGCGAGGCGCCCACCUACAAGGGCUCGUGCUUCUGCGGAAAAGUGAAGGUCGACGUCAAGGGCCCGGUGGCAACCACCUACGCGUGCCACUGCACGAUCUGUCAGAGGACGCACGGCGCGCCCUACAUCGCCUUCGCCAACUUCGCCGCGGGGUCAAUCACUCCCACGCCCGAGUCCAAGGAGUUCAUAGCCUGCUUCAAUACCAGCGAAAAGCUCGUUCGGUACCAUUGCAAGGUGUGCGCCUCCCACGUGUACAACGACAUCCCCGUGGAGGGUUACGAGUGCGUGGACAUGCCGGUUGCGAACCUGGAGAGGGGCCCAGACGGCAAGGUGUUGGCCUGGGACGAUGUCAAGCCGCAGUGCCACGCCCUCUACACCCACAGGGUAGAGGACGUCCAUGACGAGCUGCCCAAAUACGACGGCCUGCCGCCCGGGUUCGAGAACUUCAACCCUGGGAAGUUCUUUCACUCCUACCCUACCUCGUGA